ACCAAGGGGUCCUGAUCAGGACAACCCUGCUCUGACGAAGGACUUAUUUUAAUCUCUUUUGUUAUACAAUGAAGGCUAGGUUUAGGGUUCUUUGUUCUACAAUGAAGGCUAGGUUUAGGGUUCUUUGUUCUACAAUGAAGGCUAGGUUUAGGGUUCUUUGUUCUACAAUGAAGGCUAGGUUUAGGGUUCUUUGUUCUACAAUGAAGGCUAGGUUUAGGGUUCUUUGUUCUACAAUGAAGGCUAGGUUUAGGGUUAUUUGUUCUACAAUGAAGGCUAGGUUUAGGGUUCUUUGUUCUACAAUGAAGGCUAGGGUUAGGGUUCUUUGUUCUACAAUGAAGGCUAGGGUUAGGUUUCUUUGUUCUACAAUGAAGGCUAGGGUUAGUUUUCUUUGUUCUACAAUGAAGGCUAGGGUUAGGGUUAGGGUUCUUUGUUCUACAAUGAAGGCUAGGUUUAGGGUUCUUUGUUCUACAAUGAAGGCUAGGUUUAGGGUUCUUUGUUCUACAAUGAAGGCUAGGGUUAGGUUUCUUUGUUCUACAAUGAAGGCUAGGGUUAGGUUUCUUUGUUCUACAAUGAAGGCUAGGGUUAGGGUUAGGGUUCUUUGUUCUACAAUGAAGGCUAGGUUUAGGGUUCUUUGUUCUACAAUGAAGGCUAGGGUUAGGUUUCUUUGUUCUACAAGGAAGGCUAGGUUUAGGGUUCUUUGUUCUACAAUGAAGGCUAGGGUUAGGUUUCUUUGUUCUACAAUGAAGGCUAGGGUUAGGAUUAGGGUUCUUUGUUCUACAAUGAAGGCUAGGGUUAGGGUUAGGGUUCUUUGUUCUGCAAUGAAGGCUAGGGUUAGGGUUCUUUGUUCUACAAUAAAGGAUAGGGUUAGGGUUCUUUGUUCUACAAUGAAGGCUAGGGUUAGGGUUCUUUAUUUUACAAUGAAGGACAACUGUGGAUGGAAAGUACUGUACACCUAUCAGUGCAUUUUAUAGAAAAUAAGC